AUGGGAGUUGUUGCUCACAGUCGCGAACAAGACAAAGAACUCAGUCUUUUUACAUUUGAUACAGCCAAGAAUACUUUUGACACCAAAGUUGUUAAAUCUGAUGCACUCGGUCCCAAUGUGCUGUGGCUCGAAUUCAACAAGGCUAAAACAUUGAUGAUCAGUGCUUCGGGCGGUGAAUUCGGCGGCGUAAAGGGAACGGGGGGUGUUUUUACAGCCUCCGUGGCGGCUGAUGGAACCCUGACGAAAGUCUCAUCCGCUCCGACAGAUGAAGCACCUGUGUCGAUCGAAUUAAGCAAAGAUGAAAAGCUCGUCAUGGUAGCGAAUUUUAAUGGUGGAAGCAUUCAAACCUACGAUAUGGAUGCUACCGGAAAGUUUACAACAGGCAAGGCCAAGGAAACUUUCAAAUUCCUAAUAGAUACCCCCGGCCCUGUGAAAGAUCGGCAACAGAAAGCUGCCGCACAUCAAGUCAAAUUAGACCCGAGCGGUGAACUGCUUCUGGUGCCCGAUCUUGGCAUGGACAAAGUGCAUUCGUUUACUCUCGAUCCGACUAAGCACACUCUAACGAAAAAUAAAGAUAUUCCGAUUGAUCUCGGCUGCGGCCCUCGCCAUCUCGCCUUCGACCCUACACGAUCAAAGCCCGAAAAGCCAGUUUUUUACUUACUGUGUGAACUUUCGAGUCAACUGUUGUACCUGGAAGUCACAGAUCCCAAAGCUGCUGUCACCGUUUUACAAAAAAAAAAUGUUCGGCCGCCCAAGACCAGGAAAAACACGUUCAAUGCGGCCGAGAUCCUCAUAUCACCGGAUGGGAAGUUUUUGUAUACGACCAACAGGCAGAAGGAUCCAGCAGGCAAAGUGACUGACAACAUUUUUACGGUCUUUUCGCGGAAUGAGAAGAACGGAAAACUGACGCGUAUAUCAGAUAUUCCUUCUGGGGGCAAAGAGCCUCGUCAAUUUGGGUUUAGUCCGGAUGCGGAUGCCACUUUUGUUGCUGUGACCAACCUAGCAAGCAACCUGGUCAGCAUGCACAAGAGGGACCCAACAACAGGCGCACUAACUUUCCUCAAAUCAGCCGAAUCAAAAGCCCCAGUCAUGGCCUUGAUCCAAGCCUGA